CUACGAUUAAGAACAUAUCAGAAAUAUAUGUUGAAUUUAUUACCAAUAACAUAGAUAUACAUACUGAUGAAGAACUUUCUGAUGAAGAUUAUGAUGUAAAUGAAGGCUCAAAUACAAUCAAUUCUUUUGAAGAUAAUCAUCAAAAAA